AUGAACAAUUACCAAAAAAUACUCUAAAAUAUGUCAUUGAUGGCACUGUACCUACAGCCUCCCUAAACAAUCAAAUACUAUAUAGAUGAAAAAUUAAAAGGUAAACUCGCUCUAAGAAAUAGAGUUGAACUCUGGAUAAAUUUCAAGCCACGAAACAGAAGAAUUAAACGAAUUUAAAAAAAGAUUGGUGGAUUUUUGGACCCUGCAUCAUCAAAAUACAGAGCAAAACUAAUCCAAAUAGAGUCACAAAUUAAUCAAAAUGUGGGAUCUCAAGUUUGAGGAAAUUUAGGAAUUUUAAGCCUUCAAAUCAUAAUUUGAGCUUGAAUUAAUGCAUUUAUGCAACUAUUAGCAAGAUCAAACUUUAAGAGAAAUUACCUAAAAGAAUUUCAUUGAAGUUGUUUGUGAGAAUAAAAAUUUAUAAAAGCAAUUAGAAUAAUUAACUAGCUCAAACAAGCUUUUAGAAGGAUAAAAUAAAAUGCUAGAGAAACAAAUAGCCGAACUCAAAAGUGAAAUCAAGGAUCUUAAAAAUUAGAUAAACUCUAAUACACUCUUUUAUAAGGAGAGUUAAGACUUGCAGUAGGCUAAAGUAGAUAAAGUUAAAUUGGAAUAAUACAAUUAAGACCUAUAGAAAGAAAUCCGGAAAUUGUAGGAUGUAAAUUAUUUCGAUUAUAAUUAGGAAAUAGAACUUGAUAAACAACAUCUCCUAUAGAAUUAAGUUAGGCUAUUGGAACAAAAGAUGAAGACUUAAGCUGAAUAGUUGGUUUAAGCAAAUGCAGAAAUUAAAUAAUAUACAAAUGAAAUUUAACAAUUGAAAGUCAAGAAUUCAAAGAUUAUCAACUGUAAUUUUGAAUCUUUUGGAAUAAGGAGUAUUCCUGUAUUCAAUGGUGUGCAGUCCUAUUUAUAUGUUACAAUGUAUUUAUUGGAAUUAAUCACUCCUUUGAGUCAAAUUCUAGUGGUUAAUGAGAAAGUAAGUGCAUUGUUAUCUCAAUUUAUAAAAUACAUUAGAAAAGAAAAUGACUAGAUUUAAUCUUCAACAGCCACUUAAUUAUAGGAUUUUAUCAAGAUUUAAAAUUAAAAUGAUAACAAGGUUAAUGAUUUUUUAUUUUCUAUAAUCGAUCAUUUAACGAAAGAAGUAAUUAAAAAUGAAAAGGAAAAAUCAUAAAUUGCAUCCAUUAUUCAGACUGAUGACUCUCCGAUUUUUGAUAUGUUUUUCUUCUUAUAACGUUUAUUUCCAAUUAAUGUAGAAAGUAAGACUUAAUAAAAUAAUUAGUUUUGCCAAAUGAAGUCCCACUAAUUAAUAGCAUCAAAUAUGUGAGAUAUUUCGAUACAAUCAUUACACCAUAAGGAGAGUUUUCAAAAUAUCUGAAUGACUUGAUUAAAUUGGAAGGUCAGGAAAAUAAGAUAGAUGACAACGAGGCACCAGAUUUCAAUUUCAUUAUAUUUCCUUAAAUUUUAAUUUUCAACACUUCCGAAUUAUCACUAUAAAAAGCAGACAUUAAGAUUUCUUUGAUUAUACCCAGUAGAUCUUUGAAUCCUGAAUAAGUUGAUAGUCAAUAUUAAUUAAUUAGCAUGAUACAUUGGAUUUAAGAGGGUAAUUAAGUAAAUUAUUGGAUUACUCUAUGUAAAAAUAAGACUUGGGUUGAAAUCAAAUAGGAAAACGCAUAGAUCGUUGAUAUUAAUUCAAUAUUAACAUUCUAAUCACCUCAUAAUGACAAGGAAUUAUUAAUCUAUGAGAAGGUAAAAAUAUGAAAC